AUGGCAGCUUAUCGACAAGCAGUGACUAAUAUUGCUGGUCACUUUAAAGGAUACCAAGUGGAUCACAUAGAUCGACGGCUUAAUGAGGCGGCUGACACUUUGUCUCGGCUAGGAUCUCAGCGUAAGACGGUCCCCCCUAAUGUGUUCCUUGAUGUGCUGCAAAGUCCCUCUGUGAAAUUGCCUUCACAGGAGGAUCUAGCUAUUCCUGACCCGGAGGGACAAUUGGUGGAAGCUCUACGAGCGAUUCCAGAUUGGACGAGGCCUUAUCUGGCUUAUUUAACUCGAGGUGAGUUUCCAGUAGAGGAACUUCUGUCAAGGCAGAUUAUUCGGCGGUCUAAGUCCAUGACAAUUGUCAAUGGCGAGUUACACAGAUGCAGCGUGACUGGCGUGUUUCAACGGUGUGUUUCCCUUGAUGAAGGCAGAAAGAUUUUACAAGAAAUUCAUGCAGAGGACAUUGUUCGCAAGUGUGAUGGUUGCCAGAAAUUUGCACGACAAGCUCAUGUGUCGGCUCAAGAAUUGCUAAUGAUACCAAUAACUUGGCCAUUUGCGAGCCAGUCAACAAUUGUGAGGCGGCAACUGCAGUUCAGUUUUGUGAAAAAGCUGAUCUUCCAAUUUGGUUAUCCUCAUAGUAUCAUCACUGAUAAUGCUACCGACAAGUCUAAAGGUGCUAUGAAAGAAUUCUAUCAGAGGGAACACAUCUGGCUUGAUGUUUCAUCUGUGGCUCAUCCAAAGUCCAAUGGCCAAGCUGAGCGUGCUAACCAUGAGAUAUUAUGA